UGACUUGACUUUAGCUUGUAAUCUAAGCUCUAACCAUCCCUACUCCGGUUCGGUUCCAUGCGAUUUGACAUGCAUCCACUUCUAGUCACUGGUAUGCUCUGCUAACUUGUUCUGCAUCACAUAAUUUCCAUCCCUGCAGUCCCUUUUCUCCUCAAUUUAUCGAAACUUUGUAAGAAAAUCAAAACUAUCAGCAAAUUCCUCACUCAAACAUGGCCACAAUCGACUCUCUCCCGUUCAUAGACAUGUCAACCCUAACCCAGUCUGAACUUCGCACUUUGUCUCUCUGCUCAACCUCCGUUUUCGACCUCUCCCGCCUCGACGACGUCGUUAUUCCCAUUAUUGAUCGUUCCCUCUUUAACGAAAGCGCCGGCUCCCGUAAACAAACAUUCUCUCGUCCCACCACCACCGCCCACCACCACCAUCUCCGUCACCGCAUGGCCGGCCUCCUGCCCUCCUCCAAACAGCCGCCCACGUCGUCUUCUCUUCCACCUCAUCUCGACCCGGAACAUUUAGAGAACCGCUCGAUUCUCAACUUCCUUCGAAAAUCAUUAUCGCAAAGCCCCCACUUCUACGACGUCGUGUCGUUGUUCGGCGUUUCGGGGGAAAACGAUGAGAAUUUUAGGAAAAGAAAGAGGGAGAGGAAGCCCAAAACGAAGGUGAAAUCGUUGGAGGAGAAUCUGGAGAUUGUGAAUAAGAAUGGGAAGUUGGUGGAUAUUGUGGGGUUGGGGAGUUUGGAGGAUCCGUUCGGGGAAGAAUUGAGGAGAAGAACUGAAGGAAUGAACGGGAAUGAAGAGGAAUUGUUGAGAUUUAUGAGGGAUUUGGGUGGACAAUGGUGUAGUAGAAGGAAGAAGAGGAAGAUUGUUGAUGCUGAUUUACUUGGUGAUAUUUUGCCUGUUGGUUGGAAGCUCUUGCUUGGCCUUAGAAGGAGAGAAGGCCGUGCCUCUAUUUAUUGCCGACGAUACAUAAGCCCUGGUGGACAACAUUUUCUAUCAUGCAAUGAAGUUUCUGGAUAUUUGCAGUACUAUUUUGAACUCCAUGAUGCAAUUGAUCAUGGUACUGACGAUGUUCAGCAAGAUUAUAGAGUUGCUUCUGGAAGUCAGCAUGCAGGUGCUACCCAAAUGGAUAAUGAACAAAGGCACCCUAAUGAUCAGGAGAAGGAUGUUACUUUGCUGGGUAUUGAAAAUCUUGCAGAGGUUCAAAUACGGGACCUUUUUGAAUGCCAUAAAUGUGACAUGACAUUUGAUGAGAAGGAUAAAUAUUUACAGCACCUAUUGUCAUUUCACCAGAGGACAACUAGGAGGUACAGACUUGGUUCUUCAGUUGGGGAUGGUGUUAUAAUUAAAGAUGGAAAGUUUGAAUGUCAGUUCUGUCAUAAGGUAUUCCAUGAAAGACGUCGAUACAAUGGUCAUGUUGGGAUUCAUGUGAGGAAUUAUGUGAGGGGCAUAGAAGAUACCCCCAGUCGGUCGACUCUUCAAAAAAGAAUUGGGUCUUUUGCUAUGGAGGAGUUUCCUACAAGGAUUUCAAAAAUGGAUGCUUUGAUUGAAAUUGCUCAGAGUUCUAUUCUUGAAACAUCCUCUGCUAGAUCUAAUGCCAUACCCAGUGGUGUGUUCGCUACUGACCUUCCUGCUUCAAUUUCUGACCAUGAACUGAACUCUGAUUCUGCUUUCAGUGAACCAGAAACAGAUGAUGGAAAUAUGGACAAAGAAUUAUGUCAACCAAAUAACAAGCCGAAGAUUAGUGAUGAAAAGAUGGAUGCAAUUGAUGAUGUUGAUUUUGGCAAUAUUAUGGAUGUUAAAAUACAUUCAUGCAUGGAUUUUGCAACAGCCUUAACUAAUGCUGAGCAAAAUGGUUAUUCUUCUGGAAAUUUUAGUGUGAAAGAUGGUCUUUCAUUCAUUGCUGAUGAAAUUGAUAAGUCUGUCACUGAGCAGGAAAGAAGCUCUGUGAGAUGCUUACUUGUUCCAUCUAGUGAUCUGAAAGCUGAACUUGUUGAGAGUAAUGAGAAUUUGGCUUGCUCUAAUUCGGUUGAGCACAAGGAGCUAAAUGAAGGGGAUAACAAUAAUGAUAUUGAAUUACAAAGUGGUUCUGGGAGCAAAACUGGGAUUUUUGAGUCGUCAACUUUGAAAGAUAAUUUAGUUCAGUAUGGAGUUUCUGAGUCUUCCAUGUCGUUGAUGCAACCAUCAGGUGGUCUUCCAACAUCCAACACUAUCUCAAAUAAGGUGGAAGGUGAACCUUGUAGGGCUGACCAGAGACCGGACAUCGCAACAGGGUUUGAAGAGUUGAGGUUGGAUGAAAUUGAACAGCUGAAAUUCAAUUUUGGGACGGGACAAGAAUCUCUUUCUCUGGCAGAAGUGCCAGUACAGAUGGUGGGUAAUGCCGGAACAGAAGGGUCAUAUAGUUCCUCGGUUCGGUUUGAUUCAGAAGUGCUGUUAGAUGUGGCUCGCAGACAUCUUACUACAUGUGUAUGGUGUGGAAUGGAAUUUAGUCAUGAGGCUGUUGAUUCUGAGUUACAAUCAGAUUCAGUUGGAUACAUGUGUCCAACCUGCAAGGCCAAAGUCUCUGGGCAGCUUAGUGUAUUGGGCAGUGGUUAGCCCAUGAUAUUCAUCAUCUUUGAUUGAGGCAGGUGCUGGCUGGAAGAUAGACGCAGAAAUUUCGUGGCAAUUUCUUGAUGCAGUUUUGGAUUACAGGGAACUUAUGUAGAUGAGGUGUGGUUUGAUGGAUAGUUUAUUUUUGCUUCUUCCAUUAGAAAGUUAAAAAGGAGAGAAAAAUUAAAUAAGCGGUAGAAGAGCUUUCCAUGGGUAAAUAGAUCAUCAAUGAUAUGAAGCUGCUAUAGCUAGAUCAUCAAAUAACGGUGCUGUUCUGAGUUUCUGAAAGAUCUAUUAUGAUGUUGUCUUGUUUUGUUAGGUUUCUCAAUGAGAAAAAAAAGUGGUUUCUUUAUUGUUAUGUUUAGGCUUGGGCUAGAGUUGAGUCUAAAUAUGGGUUGACUAACUUGGUUCGAAUCCUAAAUAGUUAAUUCAAAUUUGAGUUUGAACUCUUUUGAAUUGACCAGAGGUAUAGUUAGAGAAAUGAAUAGUGUCUCUGACAGGAUAAACUUUAGCUCCAUACAAGGAUUCAAGCUAAACCAUGAAAUUGAAACUCCAAUUCGAAUUUGGCUUGAAUUGAGUUGAUUAUCAAUACAAUCUGAGUUAGUUUGAAUUCAUCUCUAGUUUAGGUGUAUUUAGAGUUGGAUUUGAGUUAAACUGACUUGAGUUUGAUUGUUAGCUUGGCUUAAUAGAGCUUAUUAUAUUCUCACCAUGCUUAAGUGUGAUGAUAGGCGGAGACUUUAUUGCUUUUACUUUAUUGGAAGGAUAUGAAGAGAUUUUAACUUAAAAUGUUUCGUGAAUGAAGUAAUUUUAUUCCCUCUCUUUA